AUGACAAUGGAUUACUUGCUGUGGCUGUGCAGCCUCGCUGUGCCCGUGGUGCUGGCUGUUGAAGAAACCCUAAUGGACAGUCGGUGGGCCACCACAGAGCUGGCAUGGACCACGUUCCCAGAGAGCGGGUGGGAGGAGGUUAGCGGCUAUGACGACUCCAUGAGCCCAAUCAGAACCUACCAGGUGUGUAAUGUCCGACAGCCCAACCAGAACAACUGGCUCCGGACGGACUUCAUCCCCCGCAAGGGCGUGCUGCGCGUCUACGUGGAGCUCAAGUUCUCUGUCCGCGAUUGUGCCAGCAUCCCCAACAUCCCCGGCUCUUGCAAAGAGACCUUUAAUCUGUUUUACUAUGAGUCAGAGGGGGACACCGCUACAGAAACAAGCCCUCUGUGGAGGGAGAACCCCUAUGUGAAAGUGGAUACUAUUGCCCCGGAUGAGAGUUUCUCUCUGCUGGAAGCUGGCAGGAUCAACACCAAAGUGCGCAGCUACGGCCCCCUCUCCAAGGCGGGCUUCUACCUGGCGUUCCAGGACUUGGGCGCCUGCAUGUCUCUCAUCUCAGUCAGGGUUUUCUUUAAGAAGUGCUCCACGACUAUCGCCAAUUUUGCUGUCUUCCCUGAGACUGCCACAGGGGCCGAAGCCACCUCUUUAGUGAUCGCUCCUGGGGCGUGUGUGACUAACGCUAUGGAGGUGUCCGUCCCUCUGAAGCUGUACUGCAACGGAGACGGCGAGUGGAUGGUUCCCGUGGGCUCGUGCACCUGCGUCGCUGGCUUCGAACCUUCUGCGGACGACACUCAGUGCCAGGCUUGCAUCCCUGGGACCUUCAAAUCUAAAUUCGGGGAGGGAUCCUGUACUCCGUGCCCAUCGCACAGUCGCACCAGUGCACGAGGAGCCAAUAUUUGUCCCUGCCAGAGUGGUUUCUACCGCGCUGACAGCGACCCCCCCGACUCUUCCUGCACCACGAUCCCCUCGGCGCCUCGCAACGUUAUAUCCAGCGUGAACGAGACCUCGCUGUCCUUGGAGUGGGAGGACCCCGAGGACACGGGUGGGAGGAGCGACCUCGUCUAUAACGUGGUGUGUAAGAAAUGCCUGCGGGACCGGAGCCCCUGCACGCGCUGCGACGACAACGUGGACAUCGCUCCUCGCAGACUGGGUCUGAGGCAGAGGAAGGUGGUGGUGAGGAACCUGCAGGCUCACACCCGCUACAGUUUCGAGGUGCAGGCUGUCAACGGGGUCUCUGGGAAAAACCCCGCCUCACCCAGCUAUUCCACAGUCAACAUCACCACCAACCAAGCCGCACCUUCUGCAGUGCCCACCGUCCAUCUGAUGCGCUCCACCUCUGACACCCUCAGCCUGUCAUGGCUGCCCCCUGAGAAACCCAACGGGGUCAUCCUCGACUACGAGAUUAAAUACCAUGAGAGGGGCCAGGCGCUGUCCCACACUGUAACGUCCCAGCACAGCUCAUCCAAGGUGGAGGGGCUGAGGGCCGCCACGCCCUACGCAGUGCAGGUCAGAGCUCGCACUGUUGCCGGAUACGGACGCUACAGCAACCCCAUGGACUUCAGCACCAGCCUCCACAGUAACCCUCAAAAGUCGGUGCAGGACCAGCUGCCUCUCAUCAUCGGCUCGGCGUCGGCGGGUCUGGUGGUCAUCGUUGCCUUGGUGGUCAUCGCUGUCGUCUGCCUUAAGAAGCAGCGCAGCGGCUCAGAGCUGGAGUACACUGAGAAAUUGCAGCAAUACAUUUCCCCGGGGGUCAAAGUGUACAUCGACCCUUUCACCUACGAGGACCCUAACGAUGCCGUCCACGAGUUUGCCAAAGAGAUAGACAUAUCCUGCGUGAAAAUAGAAGAAGUCAUCGGUGCAGGAGAGUUUGGUGAGGUUUGCCGCGGGCGUCUCAAGCAGCCCGGUCGCAGGGAGAUGGUUGUGGCAAUUAAGACGCUGAAAGCCGGCUACACCGAGCGCCAGAGGCGGGACUUCCUGGCCGAGGCCUCGAUCAUGGGUCAGUUUGACCACCCUAACGUGAUCCGGCUGGAUGGCGUCCUGACGCGGAGCUGCCCCGUCCUCAUCAUCACAGAAUUCAUGGAGAACGGGGCGCUCGAUUCCUUCCUCAGGCUGAACGACGGCCGCUUCACCAUGACACAGCUGGUCGGGAUGCUGCGUGGCAUCACUGCAGGGAUGAAGUACCUGUCAGACAUGAACUAUGUUCACCGAGACCUCGCCGCCCGGAAUAUCCUGGUCAACAGCAACUUGGUCUGCAAGGUCUCCGACUUUGGCCUUUCGCGCUUUCUGGACGACACUUCUGCUGACCCCACUUACACAAGCUCCCUGGGAGGGAAGAUUCCCAUCCGGUGGACGGCACCAGAGGCCAUCGCCUUCAGGAAGUUCACCUCUGCCAGUGAUGUGUGGAGUUAUGGCAUCGUCAUGUGGGAGGUGGUUUCCUAUGGAGAGAGGCCCUACUGGGACAUGAGCAACCAGGAUGUGAUGACGGCAGUGGAGCAAGACUACCGGCUGCCCCCCCCCAUGGACUGUCCCAUGGUGCUGCACCAGCUGAUGCUCGAGUGCUGGAUGAAGGAGAGAAACCUGAGGCCUAAGUUCUCCCACAUCGUCAGCACCCUGGACAAGCUCCUCCGCAACGCCGCCAGCCUGAAAGUGGUGACCAGCACCUACUCAGGGGACCUGCUGAGGCUUGGAGGGACGCUGCCGGGACACAACAGGAAGAGUCCGGAAAGCAGUCAGGAAAUCGUUCGGCAACAGAUGAGCCAAACUCUCCCCAUCAGAGUGUGAGCUGCUGCAGACUGGAGAAUACGCAACGAAUAAAAACUACCUAGAAACUCUGUUGUGAAGAGCGUGAUGUAAAAUAAAAAGAAGAAACAGAA